AUGUCGCCCUCGGCGCAGAACAGUCACUUCAAACUGCUACAGCAGUUCAAGCCUGAUUACUCGCCGAGCGAGUUCACUCAGUAUGAAUCACAACGUACCGGCAUGAGAGUGGUCGUCAUUGACCAGCCUGGCCCCAAGGUCAAUGGCUACUUUGUUCUUGCAACUGAGAUUCACGAUGAUUCGGGCGCUCCCCACACCUUGGAGCACUUGUGCUUCAUGGGAUCCCGCAAUUACCGCUACAAGGGUUUCUUGGAUAAGCUAGCCACUCGCGUGUACUCCAGCACCAAUGCAUGGACCGCAACUGACCACACUGCCUACACACUGGAUACCGCUGGCUGGGAGGGUUUUGCGCGUAUCCUGCCUGUUUACCUGGAGCAUGUUAUUGCCCCUACCUUGACGGACGAAGGUUGCUACACUGAGGUACACCACGUCGAUGGAUCUGGAAAUGACGCCGGUGUUGUGUACUCGGAGAUGCAGGGUGUGCAGAACGAUGCUGCCGAGCUGAUGGAUUUGGCAGCCCGUCGAUUGAUCUACCCCCCAGGUGUAGGCUUCCGUUAUGAGACCGGAGGUAUGAUGGAACAGCUUCGUGUGCUAUCUGCGGAGCGGAUCCGCGAGUUCCACCGUGAGAUGUAUCAGCCCAAGAAUCUGUGUCUGAUCAUAACCGGAGAGGUCGACCAGAACAACAUGUUGGACAUCCUGGACAAGUUUGAAGAAACUAUUCUUGAUGUUAUCCCCAGCCCAGAGGCGCCAUUUAAGAGACCCUGGGUGGAUUCCAAGCAGGCUCCUCCUUUGGCUAAGUCAACCAUCCAGAGAGUUGAAUUCCCCGAAGAGGACGAAUCAUUUGGUGAAAUCGAGAUCCGGUUCAUCGGACCCGAUUGCACGGAUCCAGUUCAGUCGGGGGCUCUCAAUGUAUCUCUUCUAUAUCUGGCAGGCUCAUCUGCAGCCCUGCUGGAGAACAUUAUCGUUGAGAAGGAACAACUUGCCAGUGCCGUCUACUAUGCCACCGAAGACCACCCUAGCAUAGAGAUCCGCUUCACACUGACCAGUGUUGAGACAGAGAGCUUAGAGAAGGUUGAAAAGAGAUUCUUCGAAAUCCUCAAGGAGGCCAUGGACAAGGAGCUGGAUUUGCAGUAUUUGAAGGAGUGCAUCGAUCGUCAGCGCCGAACUUGGAAGUUCUCAACCGAGACCUCGGCCUCCUCGUUCGCGGAGUACGUGAUUUCCGAUUUCCUGUUCGGCAAGCGCGAUGGAUCCACCAUGAUGGACGUUGCGACUUUGAAGGAGUACGAUGUUCUCGAGAACUGGACUGAAGACCAAUGGCGAGCCUUCAUCAAGAAGUAUAUCUCCGAUGCGGCCCACGUUACCAUCUUGGGUGUUCCGUCUCAAAAGAUGUCCGAGACACUGAAGAAGGAUGAGGAGGAUCGCGCAGCUGCUCAGAAAGAGCGUCUUGGCGAGAAGGGCCUGCAAGAGCUCGCCGAUAAGCUCGAGAAGGCUAAGGCAGAGAAUGACAAGCCAAUUCCACAGGAGUUGCUUGAAGAGUUCGCCAUUCCUGGCACCGAGUCAAUCCACUUUAUGGACACAACCACGGCUCGCUCCGGUGCUGCUUUGAAGGCUGGACGUCCCGACAACAAGAUCCAGAAGCUCAUCGACGCUGACAAGUCAGACUCGUCUCUCUUCAUUCACUUCGAGCACAUCCCCAGCAGCUUUGUGCAGCUGGCUGUCCUCAUCUCGGCUGAUUCUGUGCCCGUUCAGCUGCGUCCCUUGCUGUCCAUCUAUACAGAGGCAUUCUUCAACAUUCCUGUUCAACGUGACGGCAAGACCAUUGACUUCGAGCAAGUUGUCGUGCAAUUGGAGCGCGACACCGUUGGAUACUCGAUGGAGACAGCCCGUGGACUCGGAAACUCGGAAAUGCUUCGCGUUUCAUUCCAGGUCGAGCUGGAGAAGUAUGACAACGCCAUCGCCUGGUUGCAGGAGCUGUCAUGGAACUCCAUCUUCGACGUUGAAAGACUCCGUGCAAUCAACACUCGUCUUUUGGCCGAUGUGCCCGACUCCAAGCGCAGCGGUGACGACAUGCUCGCCGCAGCCCAUGUGAUGGUCCACUAUGCGAAUGAGUCCAUUGUUCGCGCUCGUUCUACUCUGGUCAAGGCUCGCUACCUCAAGCGUGUCAAGCGCCUGCUUGCUGACAAGCCUGAUGAGAUCGUCAGCCGCAUGGAGGAAAUCCGAAACUCACUCUUCCAGCCUGACAACGUCCGCGUCAUCGUAAUUGCGGACCUCGAGAAGCUGAAGAACCCUGUCUCGGCUUGGAAGCCUUUCGCCGAGACCCUCGGCGCCAGUACUGAUCUGCGCCCCAUCACCAACCGCCGGGCUCGCCUCAGCGAGGCUGGUAAGAACAUUGGCGGCAAGUCUUACAUCGUCCCCAUGCCAACGGUCGACUCUUCCUUCGCCUACGCUACCGGCCGUGGUCUGGACUCCUACGAUCACCCCAGCUUGCCUGCUCUUCUGGUCGCAAUCUCCUACAUGAACGCCGUCGAGGGUCCCCUCUGGGUUGCUGUUCGUGGAACUGGUCUGGCGUACGGCACCAACUUCAGCUACAACAUUGAUACUGGCUUUGUCAACUUCGAUGUGUACCGUUCGCCUAACGCACACAAGGCUUUCGAGUCUAGCAAGCAGAUUGUCGAGGAUCAUCUGUCUGGUGCUACGGCUUUCGAUCCCCUGAUGCUGGAGGGUGCUAUCAGCAGCAUUGUCGUUAACUUUGCGAAUGAGCAGAUGACUGCCGCUAGUGCCGCGCAGGGCAGUUUCAUCCGCCAGGUCGUGCGUAACUUGCCCAGCGACUACAAGGAGAAGAUGCUCAAGAAUGUGCGCGCCAUCACUGUUGAUCAAAUCAAGGGUGCUCUGCGCGAUAUUCUCUUGCCGAUGUUUGCUCCUAAGACAGCCAACAUGGUCAUUACUUGCGCAACCGUGUUGGAAGAUGCUAUCAAACAGGGCUUCGAGGCAUCCGGCUUCACCCCUGUUGUCCAGCCUCUCAAGGAGUUCGAGGAUGACUACGGUCUGAAGCUUGACGGCCAGGACGAGGACGAGGAUGACGAUGACGAUGAAGACGAGGAUGAUGAUGAAUCCGAGACUGACUCCGAGGGCAGUGAGGAUGACGAGGACGAAGACGAUGAUUAA